AUGUCUUCUUCUUCUACUCCAACUUCGUCUUCUUCUACCCCCUCUUGGUGGGUGAGACGCUCGACAAGAGCAAGCAAAACUACCGACCGCCUUACCGGAUACGGUUCGGGCUCGACGGCUGUCGUGAGGUCACACAAAAUAACCGAUGGGUUCCCGGUCUUCACAAUCAAGACCGCUGAUGGCAGGACCCUCAAGGGAAACGAGGCGGAGCUCUGGGAUUAUCGGGCCGUCAUCGACGAGUACAGACACCGACAAAGUCCAUUGACGAAAUGGACAUCCGGGUAUUAUAAAAUUGAGAAGACCAUUGAAGAAAAAUCUUCAAUGGAUGCCAAAGACGUCUUCAAGAAACGGCACGCAUUGAGCAAGAAGAGAUCGAAAAUUGCGAAUCAUCCAGCUCCACCAUCUCCGCCUGUUGCACCCUACAUCAUCGAAAUGAACGGAGCAUUGGCGGAAAGUGGGCCGAUGGAACUCAAGUAUUUAUAA